UCAAUAUGUGCGAGCUGUAGGACAAGGGAACUGAAUUCAUAAUGACUUUCGAUACCUCUAACGAAUUAUUUAUACUAUCAGCGUCUUUAUAUAUUUUAUAAUGGUUUUAAGACUUUUAAUUCAAAUGGAAUCAUUACAAACAAGACGUUAAAGAACAAUAACAAACAACAUUGAACUGCAUGAUGCUCUUAGGAUCAUAUUUUCAAGGCCGAAUGUCAGUUUAUGUAGAACAACACAGUCCAUAUGGGCGAUGAAAUUUGUAUUUGUUAUUUCCUAUACAAAUGCCUCCUCUCGCUUCUGAGCAUUUGAUAUUACAUGCAAGAACAAAUUAUAUAAAAUGGUUAUGAAUAAGGUCCGAAAUUAAAAACGCGGUACAUAUAUCGCCUCGUCAACGCUCAACAUGUCAAUAUGAAUGACAGCUUAACGUUAAUUAUGUUUUGCUGUGUUAUAAAACACUAUUGUUCACUAUUAAGAUUUAAUAAUCUCGUAAGAGAAAUCACGCAUCUUUAGCAUCGUUCAUAUUCAAGAAUUGCAUUUGGAAGAUCAUAUAUCUCGAUAUUUUCAUUUUGAACAGGUUCCCGUCUCAAACAAAGCUGUGAACUGUCGGAUGAAUUCACGGAUACAGCCGAUGUGACAUAUUGCGUGGGUGAUCCACGAAAGGAGAUACAUAUGACUAAAGAUAUAAACAAUGGAUCUGAUUAUGAGCUAAGUAAACAUGAAGGGGAAGAUUUUAACGAUGACGAUGGUUCCCGUCUCAAACAAUCUUCCAAUGAAAGCGGUGAACUAUCAGAUGAAUUCACGGAUACUGCCGUUGUGACAGAUUGCGUGGGUGAUCCACGAAAAGAGAUACAUGUGAUAAAAGAUAUAAACAUUGGAUAUGAUUAUAAGCAAAGUCAAAAUGAAGAGGAAGGUAGCCAGAGUAAUGCAAGCAUGUCGGAGCCCUCGAUGGAGGAACAACCAAACUUAAGAUAUUUUAUCAAAAAAGUCCAAAUUGCUGUCCGAAAAAGUGGAGUCGCCAAUCUUCGUAAAAUCAUAACCUAUGCUUUGAAUGAGAGGAAACACACUCAUGUUAACAUCGCUAUGCAAAGACUGGAACGGAAGAAACCAGAACAACAAUAACGCUAAUAAUAUUCCUUAUCUUGUUUUAUUGGACCUUCCGGCUGUAGGAACUCUACCAAUGGAUAACAUAUUUAGGUGACAUUGUUUUUGUUUUUUAAUACGACUUCUUCAUCCUGAUUUUGGUUGAAAGUGACUUAUGCCUAGCUAACGAAAUUAGUCGUCUUGAAAAAAAGUUCUAUUUUGUGAGAUCCCAAACAUAUCAAGAUGUACAAAAACGAGUUUAAAGCUAACCAAGGCAAGAUAGCCAAGAUUGACAUUUUCGAUGAACCUACGAAACAAAAGCAUAACAUAACUUUAAACAAACCCUCUUGUUUUUCUUAUCAACAAUAACAAAAUCAACGAGUACGACUUCAAUCAUCAUAUCACACAUUUAAUGAAUGACUCACCAGGUCUAAAGAAAGUUGAGUAAUGGCUAUGCCAUCUUUCGCUAAAGAAAUCCUCAAUGAAACAAAAACGUUUUUGGAAAACAUAAUAUAUAAAAUUGCCUUUUAUCAUCGGCUGGUGUUGGGAUUCCUAUUACUGGGAAAUGUAUCAUUUCCGACAUUAGCAUCUUUGUUAGAGAGGCGCUGUUUUAUAAAGAUCAGUGCGGAACAGAUGAUCACUCUUUAGAACGUAUUGCAGAUAAAUUAAAAAUGCCAUUCAAUCGGCUUUUGAAUAAUUUUGGCCUUCAAUCACUUACGUGGCAAACACAUAAGUUGAAACCGUGGUCCUCAAAGCUGCCGAUAAAUUACUAACAGAACCACUUAAGCUGACAAUACCCAUAUUAGGAAGUCUAGCUGCCGCACUUGUGGCAUACCAAUUUUCAGUAGCUGUUCAAAUUAGGCUACUAGAUGGCUGUUACGAAGAGGCAUUGAAUGUGCUCGCCAUAAAGCAGAAACACAUUAAGAAUACUUAAUAAUUUGUUAUAUACACGCGUCUCCAAAACAAUAUUGCGGGGGAUAACAAUAUGUUAAAUAGGAGUUACAAUUAUGUGUCUAUUAGAGGACCGAUGUUGAUGUUUCCUGAUUGUGUAGUCAAUGUAUUUUUACAUGUUCUGGAAUGGUAUGUGUCCGCUUUCCUUUGUGAUAAAAAUCAUGUGCGUAUUAAUUGAUUUCCUAUUAUACAUUACACGUUGGCAAUUGUUCAUGCUAACCUCUGAAACGUUUAGGAAAACAUAUUUGUUUGUUUAUCUUAAUAAACUGCUUAAUUGAACCAGAGUAUUUCAAAAGUGUAUGUGUUAGUAAGCAAGUAAUUCGUGUGUUUUGUUUUUUACCUCUGCAUUGUAUACACAUGCCCUAUACAUGGUAUUUCGUAUGUAGCAGCAUUUUCGAUAAAUUGUUUGAAUAUUCAUGAAGCAGGUGUACUAUACUAUUGUCAACACUAUUCAUAUGAGUGCUUGUGUUUUCUUACGGUUGAUUCUCAAGUGAUUUAAUAAACGUUUAAUUGUAUUUUUUUCUAAAAGAUGACUCUUUUGUCAUCCGGUUUAUAAUGUUUUACUAUAGAACAUGAAUUAAUGCAAAUACGAAGCAAAAUAAACAAGCAAAUUCGUUGAAUUGAUAUCCCCCGCCAAUAUGCUUCAGGACACAAAAGUGUUAUAUUUGACACUCAAAAAAGCAUUUUUUCAAGAUACAAAGGGCCAUAACUCCGUUAUUAUCAGAUGGUUUACAAUGCCAUUUGGUGUGCAUCAUCCUCUUAUAAAUAUAUAUACUUAUACCAAGUUUCAAUGAAAUCCGCUAAAGCACUUCCAAGAUAUUGCUCCGGACGGACGGACAGAAGGACGGACGGAAAGACGGACGGACGGACAACGCCAAAACAAUAUCCCUCUGCCGAUGACGGGGGAUAAAAAAUAUGUAUAAAUAAAAGCUGUACGGGCAAACCAAUCGGUAUAAUAGUAAAAUUUUCUACAGUCGAUGUUUCCAGCAGAUUACUGUAUUAUUGUAUGCAAGGUUUUGCAUUUUGUUUAUUUGUAUUACUUAUGUCAUUUGUACGACACUUCAUGUAGAUAUAUGUAUGCAUCAUUCGAUGUUUUAUUCAUAUAGAUCAUUUUAUGUUUUAAUGGUUUGUUUUCUUUCAUCAUGUUUGCUAACAAUAAAAAAGAACCAACCGAAGUAAGCAUGAUUAACCCGACAUAUUUAUGCUGAUGAUUAACCAUUCUUAUCUAAAAUAUAAUCAAAUAUAUGGGUUUCAAAAACACCAUGGUAACGGGUUUAUUCGUUUAUUCGUUAUUAAAUUUAUGUUAUAGUGUAACCUAGUGUUGUUGUUGUUUAUGUCCCUCAGUCUAUACAGGGGGACAUAUUGUGUUUGCCCUGUCUGUUUGUUGGUUUGUUGGUAUGUUUGCGUCAAACAUUAACAUUGACCAUAACUUUUGCAUUAUUGAAUAUAGCAACUUGAUAUUCGGCAUGCUUGUGUAUCUCAUGGAGCAGCACAUUUUGAGUGGUGAAAGGUCAAGGUCAUCCUCCAAUGUAAAAUGUAAAAUAUAUGGACGGACAUUGUGUUUCACCAACACAU